ACUGUUGCCAGAUUUAUAUAUUGUUAAUUACCUGAAAUCAGAUUUAUCACCUUUUGAAAGGCUGGGUAAUUUAUGCCAUAGAAUUGAAAGAAGGUGGACUUUUCCACAUGACUGCACCACCAGCCUCAUCUCAUUCUCAAACCCCCUUAACAGGUGUCAUGGGGGUCCUGAGCCUAUCCUGGCAGCACUGGUCACAAAACUGAAAAAACAUACCUGGACACCAGAGCCAACUCAUUCACACACUCACACUUAUCCAGACAGCGGGCCCAUUUAGAACUGCUAAUUCACCUAAGCAGCACAUCUUUGUUGAUGUGGGAGGAAAACCUACACAAACACGAGGAGAACAUGUAAACUCCACAUACACAAUGACAGGCCAUGGGAUUUUGAAUCCAGGAUGCUGGCUAUGUGAUGUAGCAUAGCUACCCAUUGUGCCAUUCAGCUCCUUCAACUUAAAGAGAUAGCCACACCUGAUAAUUAUAAAACCAGUUGAUGGCAUGGAAUACCCUUGCCUAUGACGUUCUGCUUUUCUUUUUCUUUUUAAUUCCUAGACAAUUCAUUUUCAGUUAAUACUGUUUCACCUGAAUGUCUCCAAUCAAACAACUCAUUGAGGACUUAAACAGAAAAUAGAGAGUUGCAUUGGAAGCAUCAUCCAUGAUGUUUCAGAAGAGAAAAUCUAAUUCGAAUCAAGUUUUUAUGUGACUGUCCGUGAGACUGAAGAAGAGGAAAGGAGAAUUUUGAGUUGGGACUUGUUUGCAGUCAAGAAGAUAAUAAUCAAGGUUUUUCCUUCCUUGUUAAGGAAGACAUGGAUGAGAAAUCUAUACAUUUUAAAAAUGAGGACAGCUCUUCAGAGUGUCUCAUGAUUAAAGAGGAGGUCAGCCCUGAACAAGGUUCCCUACACACUAAACAGGAGACCUUUGAAAUAAACAUUUGUGAAAAUAUUAAAGAAAAUGUGGAGCUCUCAUGUAACAACAUUGCAAUGUACAGCCUGACAGAAGCAGCUUCUGUAGGGUCCUUGGAAAGUGACCAUCAAGUUAUCAAGGAGGAAUUUGAAUCUGGAGAAGAUUAUGCUAGUCCAGACCAAAUCAAGGGGGAGUCUAAUUCAUGUUCAAGUGUUUCGCGACGGAAGACGCCAUGGUGGCUGACUGAGGAUAUAAGAAAUUUCAAAAAGAAGCCAAUUAAGUUGAACCACCAAAUAAUUCAAAAAUCAGCAAAACUAUUCAGCUGUUCUCAAUGUGGGAAGAAAUUUGAUACGCUUGAGAUCCUUAAAAUACACUUAGCAGUUCACAAAGAGGUGAAACAAUACAGUUUUGUUGAGUAUGGACAGCGAUUUCAUCACAGCAUCAGGUUAAGUCGCACUAUAGAGAAGCCAUACAAGUGUGUGGAAUGUGGGAAGAGCUACAGUUACCAAUCUGGCCUUCAGGCUCAUCUGAGGACUCAUACUGGGGAGAAGCCUCACAGUUGCUCUGAAUGUGGAGAAAGGUUCAGUCACAAGUUCAGACUUAAAGCCCAUCAGAUAUGUCACACUGGAGAAAAACCAUACCAGUGUUUGGAUUGUGGAAAGAGCUACAGUUACUAUUCUGGCCUUCAGGCUCAUCGGAGUACUCACACGGGUGAGAAACCUCACAGCUGCAAUGAGUGUGGGGAAAGCUUCAGUCAAAAGUUCAGACUUAAGGCACAUCAGAUAUGUCACACUGGAGAGAAGCCAUACAAGUGUAUGGAAUGUGGGAAGAGCUACAGUUAUCAUUCAGGUCUUCGGGCUCAUAGGAGCACUCACACGGGUGAGAAACCUCACAUUUGCACAGAAUGUGGAGAAAGCUUCAGUCAUAAAUUUAAACUUAAGGCACAUCAGAUAUGUCAUACUGGAGAGAAGCCAUACCGAUGUCAGGAUUGUGGGAAAAGCUACAGUUACCAUUCUGGCCUUCAGGCUCAUCGGAGCAUUCAUGCAGGAGAGAAACCACAUGUUUGCACUGAAUGUGGACAGUGCUUCACUCACAGGUUCAGACUUAAGGCACACCAGAGAAGUCAUGCUGAAGCAAAGCCAUAUAGAUGUGUGGAAUGUGGAAAAAGCUACAGUUACCAGUCAGGCCUUCACGCUCAUCAGAGAACUCAUACCGGGGAGAAACCUCACAUUUGUACAGACUGUGGAAAAAGCUUCAGCCAUAAAUUCACACUUAAAGUGCACAAGCGAAUCCACUCUGGAGAGAAACCACAUGUUUGUUUGGAGUGUGGUAAAAGCUUCAAUUACCCGUCUGACCUUAAGGUUCACCAAAGUAUUCAUACAGACGAGACCUCCCAUAUUUGUACUGAAUGUGGACAGAGCUUUGAUCAGUUAUCUGCUCUUAUAACACACCAGAAUAGUCACACAUGGGAGGAGCCACACAUUUGUGUAGAGUGUGGAGAAAGCUUCAGGCAUCUAAGCAGUCUUGAAGCACACAAGAGAACUCAUACAGUAGAGAUACAAUCUCUACAGACAGGGAAACUGAUGCAAGCAAACUAAGCACAACUGGCAGAAAAAAAAGAAAAAUCAUGUAUCAGUCCUAAGUGAUUACUCGAAAUCAAUAAUGAGGAGAGACCAAAAAUAAUAAAAGUACCAAGAGAUGUAACUGGAGAAAUGCCAGAUGUGUAACAAAGCAACUGAAUUUAUCACAGUUGUCCUUUCAUCCACAGGACUAAUUAAAAGGAGUUUCCAGGUGCAUCAAGAUGCCCAGAAAACUACCAUCACUUCCUGAAAGGUACAAAGAGGGGCAUUCUAAUGAACAGUUUUGGUACUAUUCCAAGUUUUUGCAGAAAAUGUAUGGGAAUGAAAACAAAAAGCAAUACAGUACUGUUUUGAAUAAAGAAUAGCAUUCCCUUCUGUCAGGACAGAGCACACAUAAAAGUCCAUAUACAGAAAGUAACUUCUGGGAUUGACCACAGGAGGCCCAUGAGAAAAACUGAAGAUGAGAUCCUGUAUGAAACACAGGCUACAUUGUGCAAAUGUAUUACUCAGAUCUAAUUGUGUAAUAGAUCUGUAUCAAAUUUCUUCAAAGGUUGAGUAUGAAAAUGAAGAAAAGUGACCAGACUCACACCUGCUUUUGGUAAGGUGGUAAUUUUUUUUCACUACAGCUAUAACUAUCAGAUAAUGGAAACAAAAAAAAUCACUAUGAUUUCAGACUGUUCUGAGACUGUUCUUGGCCCCAUCACAGCCACCCAGAAAUGUGAGAAGCAGAAACUUAAGAUGUGGUCCUGUGGUUGGCCAGGAAAUAAGAGAUUGUUGGCAGUUACCUUAAGAUGAAAAAAAUCUCCAGCUUUAGGAUAUGUGGAGAAUGCCCCCCAAAAAUGAAUCUAGAGGACUAAUUCCAUUAAAUAAAUUAUGUUAGUAAAAGAAAUUUAAAAUUGCUACAGGUAAGUAAGACAACGAUUCAGCAAAUCAAGGACAACCAAAAAAGGAACACAAAGAGACAAGAUUGGCAGGUCAUGGAAAAAAACCCGAGACAUGGUGAAGAGGGACCAGUAUUAUGUUGCACAAGUACAGAUGAUACUGAAUUAAUACAUAAAAUUAGUAAACCACAGUGGCUGAAAAUUAACUCUGUUCUGAUUGGCUUGGCACUAAAAUUGAGUACUACCCAAAACAACCAGUCAUGUGCUAACUAAAAGUAGACAAUGUUGUGUAGCAGUUAAUACAUUUCACUUUACGUGCCAGGAUGAGUCACUAAGCCCAGUAUUGCAUGCCCAUCUUGUUUGUCACAUUAGGUAAAGGCACUUACCCAAAAAUACAAUGAUGACAAUAACAAGCAGAUCUAAAAGAAACUGAAAUAUAAUGAAGUUAUAGUGUCAGCCUUCAGAGGAAAUGAUUACACCCAUAAAUACAACAGAAGGGGCAGGUGGAAAUGCAACACAGACAACAUGACAGAAUACGCUAGACUGCAAAAGGCAGCAUCAAAUCAGGAAAUAGACAAAAUGUACCAAGAAUUAUGGAGAAAACAGAAGCUGCAGAUGAUAUUGUUAAAUCAAUUUCUAAUCUCCUUAAUACAGAUAUGAAAGAAGGCAAUUAAUCAAAUUCAAUGCAGUGAAAUCCAUCACUACAACAGCACAAAAGAAAACAAGCAAAAAGUGUCCAUUAAAAUUAAUGAAAAAACACAACAAAGACAUUAAAUGACAUUAAUUGGAAAAGUGACACCAUACAGAAACAAAGGCAAAACAUGCAUUUCAUUCCAAUACUACUAGGAAGAAACAAAAACAACAAUAUAAAGCAAUUUUCCAUUAGAAAGAUAAACAAGAGUAUAAUCAAGAAUCAGACACAAUGGAGUGCACAAAUAAAUGGAGCUCAGAAUGUUAAAUUAGUGCUGAAAUCCACUGCAUUAUCAAAAAAAACAAAAAAAAAACAAAUCAACACCAUUAUGGACCGUGUUUUCUCUAUUACUGUCACUCUUCACAAACUCUUGAAAGGGACAUUCCGUGCUACUCAGGAUACUUGCAGAAAAAAUUCAAUACAAUAAAACAAAGGAAGUGCAAAAAGGAUGCCAUGGCUUCUACAAUGGCAGCACAAGAAAAUGCCAACUUAAGAAUAACCUACAGCUGCACUGAGCAUGUGGGAAAUAUUUUACAACUUCAAAAUAAAAAUGUCAAAGAAUUUCUGCACUGGAAAAACCGUUUUGAGGAAAAUUCAAUGUACUGCUCACUCAUUUACAAUUUCAGUGACCCCGAGAGCUGGAUUAGUCCAUCAUCUAGUCCUCAGUGUUGAUGAGAAUGACACAAAGUUGCAUUGCUUGUUCUGACUGAAGAAACCGUUUAAGAUAUUCUAACAGUAUCAACAUGUUCUAGUUUAUACAAGAAUGUGAAGAUGAAGCCAUGCAAUGUGGAUGCAGUCCUGAAAACAAGUUAAUGAACCUGUCACGGUGGAAGAAAUGCUUCUUUUAAUGCCAGCGCUAAUUUAAGUCAUUAGAAACCUCAACGCAGUCUAGUGAUUAUUAAACAGCAGGAGCCUGGGGAGAUUACAUCCUGCAACCUAUGCCUUGCCAAAUUAACUAUUUAAUAAUGAAAUCCAUUAAAUGACAGUGUUAAUAAAUGGAAAUUGAAGAUUAUGCAUUAGUUAAAAUAUUUUGAAAAUCAUGGGGACAAGUAAAAUACACACAGUUUUACAAAAGCCACGUACAAUGAGAAAAAAAUUUCAGAAGAAAAAAAAAAUGGUCUAUUCAGAAAAAUACCCGAGAUAUUCGGAGAAUGAGGAACAUUUAAAGGCACAGACACUACAAACUACUAUGACUGAGUUUUUUGAUGUGACAGUUUACCAUGCAUGAUUUCCUCCUUUUGCUAUGGGAAUGGACUCCAGCUUUCACCCUUCCCAUAUUAGAAGAGAUAACUUUAGAAAAUAAAUGGAUGGCUUACCCUUGCAGAAAUAUAUAUUUUUUUUGGUAAAACCAUGUAGUAGAGUGAUAGGAUUACCUUUUGUAUGGCAUUAGGGGGUCUAAGUUAGAUUUAUUUAUUUAUAUAUUUUUUGCAUUGUUUAAUUAUUAUUAAAGUUGCACAUUUACUGAUAUAUAUAUAUAUUAGGUAAAUUGAAAAUAACAAAAUAGAAACAUGGUUAAUGUCCAUAUGGUUAGGAUGCACUGGACGAAAUGGCGUGCAUUGGAGUAUUUGAAAUAAAAGCUUAGUAGAGCUGGAA